UUUUUCCUCCCCAAACUCAGCAGCUUCUCCUGCCCUGCUGGGAACUCCUCCUGCUCCCUCAGCUACACCCCAGAAAUUCCUGAGAGAUUCCCAGGAGCCAACGGGCAGUGGAGGAGCUCCAAGCCCAGGGGUAGCCGAGGCUCCUUCCUGGAGACCCGUAAAAAUUCCAGCGGGAACCCCAGCACUUUUGGGGCAAAAUCCGCCCUCCAUGGAGCCUCCUUCCCCCUGAAGCCAGCCCCGAGCCCCUCCUGGAGCCGCCGCAGCCCCAAGAAGGCCCCGCGCCGCUUCCUGAGCGCGGCCGAGGAGACGGUGCGGGAGGAGGAGCGGGAGAUUUACCGGCAGCUGCUGCAGAUGGUGACUGGGAAGAGGUUCUCCAGCUGCAAACCCUCCCCGCUGCUGCCCUUCCACCUCUCCCGCUGUCCCCGUUCCGGCCCCUCCCUGUCCCAGGAGGCUCCCAGGGAUGAUCCCGAGGCACCGGAAAUUCACAAAAUUCCAGCUCCUGUUCCACAUUCCCCAGAGCCACCCCAGAAUUCCCAAAAUCCUCCCCUGGGCCCCUCUCCAGGGUUUCCUGGGGAGUUCCAGCCCCGGAAUUCUGCGGCUCCGCACCAGCGGGAGGAGGAGCCAGGAGCUGAGGCACAGAGUGAAGGGUCAGAUUCUGUCAUUUUGCUCAAGGUCAAGGAUUCCAGAACUCCAGCUCCAAGCCUCCCCUUUUUCCAGGCUGAGCUAUGGAUCAAAGAGCUGACCAGUGUCUAUGAUUCCCGAGCCAGAGAGAGGUGGAGGCAAAUAGAGGAGCAGAAAGCUCUGGCCCUGCAGCUCCAGAGCCAGCGGCUGCAGGAGCAGGAGCGCUCGGUGCAGGACCUGGUGGAUCUGCACCUGCGCGUGCCCCUGGAGAAGGAGAUCCCGGUGGCCGUGGGGCCCGAGGGGCUGGAGCGCGCCCGGCCUGGCCAGGGCGACGACGACUUCCCCGAGAUCACCGAGGAAAUGGAGAAGGAAAUCAAGAGCCUUUUCCGAGGAGGGAACCAGGAUGAGGUGCUGAGCGAGGCUUUCCGCCUGACCAUCACCAGGAAGGACAUCCAGACCCUCAACAACCUCAACUGGCUCAACGACGAGAUUAUAAAUUUCUACAUGAAUUUGCUGAUGGAGAGGAGCAAGGACAAGGAUUUGCCUGCAGUCCACGCCUUCAACACCUUUUUCUUCACCAAAUUAAAGACUGCAGGGUACCAAGCUGUGAAAAGAUGGACAAAAAAAGUGGAUAUUUUCUCUGUGGAUCUGCUCCUGGUGCCCAUCCACCUGGGAGUGCACUGGUGCCUGGCUGUCGUGGAUUUCAGGAAAAAAACCAUCACCUACUACGAUUCCAUGGGAGGGAUCAACAGUGAGGCCUGCAGGAUCCUGCUGCAGUACCUGAAACAGGAAAGUUUGGAUAAGAAAAGGAAGGAAUUUGACACCAACGGAUGGGCCCUGCUGAGCAAGAAGAGCCAGGAGAUCCCGCAGCAGAUGAACGGCAGCGACUGCGGGAUGUUCGCCUGCCGCUAUGCCGAGUGCAUCUCCAAGGACAAACCCAUCAACUUCACCCAGCAACACAUGCCCUACUUCAGGAAGAGGAUGGCCUGGGAAAUCCUGCACAGGAAGCUCCUCUGAUGCCAGAAAAAUUCUGAAAUUCCAAAGAUUUGGAUCAGAAGAAUCCCAGGAUUCUCCUGGGGACGCAGCCAAGGAACUCCGGGUCCUGCUCCUCCCAAAACCCCCCCAGAUUUGGGGGAAUAGAAAAGUUUGGAAGCACAGCUGGGAAUUUUUUGAAGUUUCUUUCCCUCUUUUUUGUGAUUCCAGGAUGGAUUUUCCCGCUUUUCCAUCUGCUGGGAUGGGGAAAUUUGGGAAUUUUGGAGCUGGAUUUUCGGGAAAAGGGAGGAGCCUCCGUGGAUUUGUGUUGGGAAAAUCUGGAUUUGGGAAAAGCAGGGGAAAGGUUUGGUUCUGGAGGGAAUUUUUGGGGAUCAUUCCCAUUUUUUCCACCUCAUUCCUAAAGUUUGUGUAUUUUAUCCACAGGAAAACUUGGAUUGGAAUCCCUGGGAAUAAUUCCUGCUUAAAUCCUGUUUUUUCUUCCCAAAUUCUCACUUUAGGGUGAUUUUUCCAGGAUUAAGCUUUGGAAUGCCAGAAUUCCUCUGGCUUUACACCCAAACUUUGCUUUUCCAAGGGAAAAAUCCCAAAACCUGAGCAAAAUCUGGGAUUUUUGGUGAAUUUUUGGGAAUUUUCCUUUCCCUUUCAGGCUGCUUCAUCCCAGCAGCUCCUGUUGCUUUUUCCAGUUGCUUUUCCCAUGUUUUCCAUGAAGAAAUCCUCCCAAAUUGCAGGAACUGCAGAGCCAUGGGAAAAACCCCAAAAUCCUGGAAUUCCUUCCAUUUUUCCCAAACAAUGCCAGGAUUUAUUUGGGGAGCUUUGCCCACCCCUUUCCCUGGAUUAAUUUAUUCCCAAAUGUUUUGGUCCUUCCCAAGCCUCUGGAUUUGCUCUUCCUGGUGGAAAAGAUGAUUUUUAAUAAGAAGAGUGGGGGAAAAUCCCAAGUUUUUGUAUUUUCCCUCUCCUGCAGGAGCUGGGAAUUUUUUCUAUUUUUCCCGAGCUGGGAGAUGAAGUUUUGUACCAAAUUCCCAAAUUUUUGGAGCCUCUUUUCCUGGUUUUUCCCAUCCCUUCGUGUCCCUUUGGAUCCCAAAUUCCCUCCCAUGUUUUAUACCAGAUUCAUUUCCUACUUUUUUUAUCUUUUAUUGAAAUUAAAGAUCUGAAA